GUGGUGGAGCCGCCGGGGGCAGAGGACGACAGCCGCCAGCAUGGAGUCGCCACUGAUGGGGCUGCUGGGGGUGGCGGUGGCGGCGCUGCUGUACCAUGCCUGCGUCACAGCUCAGGCAGGCGCCCACGAGCAGUGCUACGCCGAGGUGCCGGAACCCUACGACCACCUCGCCACCAAGACGCCGUACUAUGUGGUCCAGAACAACAACGACAGUGAGGAGGUGUUCCCAGGGUGUCGGCCGGCUCAGUUCUGGCUGACGGCCCGCCACGGCACGCGCUACCCGGGAGACGACGACAUCAUCCACAUGGACCGCCGGCUGCCGCUGCUGCAGCAACACAUCCUCCGCAACUACGCCGCCGGCCGCAGUAAGCUGUGCGCCCUGGACCUGGACAACAUCCGCGAGUGGCACCAGGCGUUCGACCGCAGCAUGGAGAACCAGCUGACCGAGUCGGGCGAGCACGAGCUGUUCCACAUGGCGAAGCGCUUCCAGAAGCGCUUCCCCACGCUGCUCGGGGCGCCCUACGACCCCGACAAGCACAAGUUCCUGACGACCACCAAGCAGCGGGCGAUGCAGAGCGGCCGCUGGUUCGCACGCGGCCUGUUCGGCGACCAGCCGGUCAUCUUCCCCAAGCCGAAGACGAACGACCCGCUGCUGCAGUUCUACAAGACCUGCGACAAGUGGCGGGAGCUGAUCGACGACAGUGAGGACUCGCGCCGCGAACGCUACGCGUUCCAGAACUCGUCCCACAUGCUCAGCACCAUCUCCGGCGUGUCCGACCGACUCGGAUUCGUCGGCAACAUGUCCUACGCGGACGUGCGGCUGAUGUACGACAUCUGCCGGUACGACAAGAGCGCCUUCCCGGACCGGGUGUCGCCCUGGUGCGCCGUCUUCACCGAGCUGGACAUGAAGGUGUUCGAGUUUGACAACGACCUCGAGUACUACUGGGUGGACAGCUACGGCAAUCGUCUCAAUUACGAACAGGCCUGUCCCAAGGUGAAGGACUUCAUCGAUAAGUUCAGUGCGGUCGGCUCCAGCCCCGAGCGGCAGCCGCUGGCGCACCUCUACUUCUCCCACCUGGGCGGCGUGCUCAAGUUCAUCACCCGGCUCGGCAUUCACGAGUCGCGCCCGCUGCGCAGCGGCGACUUCGGCACCGCGCGCGCCUUCAGCUCCUCCUAUCUCUCGGCCUUCGCCUCGAACGUAGCGCUGGUGCUGUUCGAGUGCGGCGACGGCUACCACGUGUCGGCGUACGUGCAGGAGCACCCCACCCGGCUGCCCGGCUGCCCGGGGCAGCUGUGCCCCCUGGAGCGGCUCGUCAGCCAGUACCGGGACGUGGUGGACGGCUGUGAUCUGACCACCAUGUGCGCCAGCGGCGGCUGGCUGGCCACCAUGUGGAAGACGCUGGUCUGGGGUCUGCCGGCGCUGUCCGUCCUAGUCUGAUGCGGCCGGCGCCGGGUCGGGCGACGGCCGAGGGGGAUCAACUGCGUAGUGACU